AUGGUAGUAAAAGUUACAAUGUACCAACUUCAACUGAUAUUUUGUUUGCCUAUUAGAGCUGGAUUUGGUGGGCUUGUUCGAAAUUCUGCAGGUUUUUAUCUCUCGGGGUUCUCCGGAUUUGUCCUAACUUCAACUGAUAUUUUGUUUGCCGAGCUCACCGCAAUUCACCGUGGUCUUCUUUUAGCUGUGGAAUUGGGAAUAGAAGAAUUGGUGUGCUACUCAGACUCCCUGCUCUCUAUAAGCCUCAUUACUGGUCAUGCCUCUAAUCUUCAUGUAUAUGCAGUUUUAAUACAAGACAUAAAAGACCUCUUGUCCUCAAGAAGCUUCACCAUUCAUCAUUGUCUCCGUGAAGGAAAUCAAUGUACUGACUACAUGGCAAAGAUUGGGGCCAACUCCAAUCACUUCUCAUGCUACUCCUCCGAUCGAUCUCCUCCCUUUGAUUAG